GUGAAAUUGGUAAUGAUAGCACAUGUCACUGCCGCACAUAUUCGACACAUAUUUAGAGCUUUGAGCGACAUCUUGUGGCGUGCCAUUCAGUGACAUUCUGCGGAGCGCAGUCAUUUACAGUCGAUGUUAAUAUUAAGCCACCAGAGGUCGCCAGGGUCCACAAAGCUUCGUUCCACGGGUUUUCUCAUAAAUAAUGAACCGAACACUUGAACAAGACUGACAGUUCAAUAGCUUGCGAAGAGCGUUUAAUGCGUUUGCCCGCUGGCCCGCGCUUCAGAGUAUGGGGUGACUGACCGGACUGCUUGAAUAUUGUAAUCUAGCUAGUGACUGACUUUUUUUUUUCUGCAGAACCGACAAACAAAAGCUUGCUAAACUCAUCCACUCAGCUGUAGUGCAUGCAGCCCUGCGCCACGUAGAGAUGGGUGGACCGAACUCACUAGAGCGAUAGGGCACAUUUCUUAAUUUCCAACCAUGUCGCUCUGCGAGUAGCCUUGGACAGCCAUGACACGCCACCGCUCUGCUUCCCGCCUUUGCCAGGACUGAUCGGAUGUAUUCUCCACGAUCAAAACUUGCACAACUUAUCCAAUGGAUACACGGAUGGCUCUCGGUUUGAGGAGUGCGUACACAUGCACAGGUCAUCCCAGCAGAUUAGACCGUGCGGAUGGGCGCUCACUGCUAAGGACAGAUGGUGCUGAUGAUGCUGCUGAUGAUCCUGAGGUGUGUUGUCUGAAGACCAAGUGGCGACCGGGAGCAGUUGGCAUGUUUGCAAAUUGUAUGCUGUUUAUCGGAAUUUUUUUUUUUCUAGUACAAUGCGUCUUGACAAAUGAGGAAGAAACCACAUAUGAUGCCUCUGGCUCCUCCUCUUUACCCCGCAGCCCCACGGUCCCGGGUGGUCCUGCUCCCCCAUUGGCCAACAUCCCUUCCUCAAUCAGCCACUCGGAUGCGGAGGCCACGUCUCAAGGGGGAGGGCUGAGAGGCCAUCCUGCGUACUCCUCCUUUAUAACGUUUCUGGCGGAAACGGCCAAACAUCCGCUGAACCUGGUCCAGAGCAGAACCUCGCCGACCAUCACCCGGGACAGGAACCUCACCAGCCAGCGGCCUUCGGAGGACCCGGACCAGGCCUCGGGCACCUCUUCCUCGUCCUUCUUCGGCUCAGAAACGUACGGGACGAGGCAGCUCACCACGGGAACAUCCAGAAAGCCGGUUCUCGCCUCCCCUAAGGACAACCAGCCGGGUGGGACACCGGCCGGCGCCGUGGCUCCGUCCGCGGAGUCUGUCGAGGCAGCAUCUCAGGUAUCACCGCUGACCGCCCUGCAGGACGUCGCCACGGCGACCGCCUCCCGACGGCCCGGCACCACAACAAGAACGGCCGGCACCGCUACGUCUUCCGCGGCGCGACCUACCGUUACCCCUCAUCCACCCACCACCACCACCACCACAACUACCACUACCACCUCCACCAUCGCCACUACUACUGCUUCUACCACUACUGCCUCCGUGCCACCCUUCUCAGCCACCACGCGAAGAACUGUGGCCACCAUGACACCGAGGGCUCCGUUCACCCGGAGGAACUUCACCCCCCACAUCCCGAGGAGCGCCCCCCCCAGGGCGCCCAGCACCUACUCCCCCUUCACCACCCUGAGCUCCACCAGCACCGCCGCCGCCGCCACCACCACAGAGGCCCCGCCCCAGCAGUGCAAUAUCACAGAGAAGAUGUGGGUGAAAACAGUUGUGUCCAUCUAUGUGAGAAGGAACCGUCUUGACAGCAUCCAGCGACAGAACCUUCGACGCGGGCUGAGCCAGGGCCUGCGAAAAGCUCUGAACGAUAGCAUGGCCCAAGCUCAGGUGGAGACUGUGUUCGGCUCUCCCAACAUGACGGUGGCCUACCACGUCACCGGGGAGGGCGCGGUGUACACACCGGCCGCCGUGCUGGAGGGCCUGGGCUCCUACGGCCGUGAUAGGCUGAUUGCGGACCUGCGUCAGUACCUCCCCAUGGUGACGGCGCUGCCCAUCCCCACCGCUUUGUGGAGGCCGACUUCAGCCAGUGGCUUCCAGCUCCAAACGGUGCUGCGGUUCGUGGGCGCGGGGGAUAAUCCUCGCUCCUGCCGCUUCUCUCAGAUGAUGGAACAGAGGCUGGAGAACGCCUUCUCUGAAGCCCAGGCCAAGCACCUGGGGAGCCACAGCAAGCUCUCUGUUCAGAUGCUGAGGGUCUCCCCGGUGUCCCGGACCCCCGCUGUGUCCCUGGUCUACAGCGUGAGGAAUGGCUCCGUCUUCCUCAACGGCACCACCGCCUCCAGCCUGCUGGGUCGUCUCACGGCCGAGCUGGUGGGCUACUACCUGUUCUACCCCCCGCUCGUCAUCGCAGAGCCACUUGAAUACCACAAUCUAAACUCCUCCAUCGCCACAAGAGACUUCUGGGUAAUCACAGUGAUCCACGACGUGGACGACGUGAGUCUGGACGGACACUACCGCAGCUUCGCCAGCCUGAUGGAGCGGCGCCUGGCCGAGCUGUUCGUGGCCGCCGGCCAGCAGGGGCCCCGCUUCCGGAGGGCCACCACCGUGGGCAGCUACACCAUUCAGAUGGUGAGCAUCCGCAGGCUGGCGGGGUCGAGGAGCCCGGCCGAGAUGACCUACUACGCCCAGCACAACGGCGUUCCGCUGCCGGGGGCGUCGGCGGCCAAGGUGCUGAACACGGUGGACUCCCAGACCGUGGCUCUCACCCUGGGCUACUUCGUCCAGCUGCAGGCUGAACCGGUGGUCAAGAAUCCGCCGAACAACCUGUGGAUCCUUGCGGCGGUGCUGGCCCCCAUUGCCGUGGUAACGGUCAUCAUCAUCAUCAUCACAGCUGUGCUGUGCAGGAAAAACAAAAAUGACUUUAAAGCCGAUUCCAUUGGCAACCUCAACCCUCGAGCCAAGAUGGCAUAUCGAAGGGAUGCGGGCUACUUCCACCAGCCGGUGCAGGGAUUCGACUACGCCAAGCAGCACCUGGGGCGGCAGGGGGGGGACGAGGAGAUCCAGCCUGUGACCCAGGACACCCUCAUGAUGGCUCUGCCCCACCGCGACGGACCCCUGUCCCUGGAGAAGCCCCCGCGGCAGGACAGCAUGGCCAGCAGCAAGAAGAACCACCACGCCGGCACGGACACGGGCAAACGGAUGCCGACGGAGGACGGUUCCGUCAUUGGCAACGAAUCAGAGAAGCGGAAUUCGAGCAGGGGCGUGACGGUGCAGAAAGUCUCGGCGCAGCACAAAGUGACAAAGGAGGAGCGGCGCAGAAGGGAGGAUCCGUAUGACAGCUCGUCAGGCUCCCUGCAGCUCAUCUCCAUGAAGCCUACAGCAGCCCUGGCAUCCUACUCACAGCCAGCCUCCUCCGACCGCAGCCAGGAGUCGGCCGUCGUCAACGGAGAGGUGAAUCUGGCGCUGAAGCAGAAGUCGGACAUCGAGCACUACCGUAACAAGCUGCGGCUGAAGGCCAAGAGGAAGGGCUACUACGACUUUGCCUCGGCCGACGCCGGCAGCGGCAGCAACGUCAGCCGCAAGGCCCCGGACCAGCGGCCCCGGGGUGGGGACACAGGACACGAGCGGACCCCCGGAGAACCGGGGAGACCGCCGGAGCCCGACGAUGAGCGGGGUGACUCCACCUUCGUCAAGUCCCGCCGGAGGCACUCCCAGGUGGGGCAGCCGGCCUACCGCAGCCGGCAGAGCAUCAACAGCCCCAGCCCAGGGGGGACGGAGAUAGACCUGCUGGUGAUGAGGGAGAGACCCAGGAGAGGCAUCCGCAACAGCGGCUAUGACACCGAGCCGGAGCUGAUCGAGGAGACCAACGUGGACCGGCUGAUCGGCCAGCGGGGCUACCUGUACGGCCGCGGGGUCAAAGGUCACUCGGAGACCUCCACCCUCAGCUCGCAGCCCUCCAUCGACGAGGUGCGCCAGCAGAUGCACCUGCUGCUGGAGGAGGCCUUCAGCCUGGCCUCCGGAGGCGGCGGCGGCGGCGGCGGCCACUCCACGUCGGGGCGCCACUCCCACCACCGCCACCCCAACCCCGGGCACUACGGCCCCGCCCCGCCCCCGCUGCCCUACUCCGACGUCAUCACCAGCGCCCCGGGCACGGUGGGCUACGGGCGGGGGGGCCUGCAGUGGGCGCCGUCAUACGGGGCCGACCCGUACCAGUGCAGCAUCCCCAAGCCGGCCUUUCGCUUCACCCAGCUCCCUGACAUGGCCCUGGACUCUCCUCCUCCUCCGUCACAACUGCCCCCCCGCCCUGGGACCCCUCCCUGGACGUCCCUAAGGCGCUCUUCAUCGGAUUUGAGACCUAGGGGCCGGAGCCCGGUGGCCUCAGCAGCUGAUAUGCGGCUGGACACCCAACCGUACCAUCCACCGGUGACCACCACCACCACCACCACCACCACCCCUGCCCUACCAUCCUCCAACCCUCCAGAGCGCCCCAACUACUCAGGAAAUCCAAUAACAGCCGUCUAUGCCAUCCCAGCCAGCAGGACCGGAUAUUCAGAAUACAUGGCCUCCACACCCCCAACCUCCUACCACAGUCCCUCCUGGAUGUCCUACCCCCCGGAGCCUGAGGACGUCCCCCCACAGUGGGGAGAGUCAGUACCCUUGCCGGGGUAUGUGGAGUCGUUCCCCCUCCCCCGCUACCCGCAGUCCAGUCCCCCACUGCUCCCGCUGCCCUACAUCCAGGCCCUGGAACUGCUCCCCGACACCCCCAGCCCGGCAGCCAAGCAGAGCUCUCCCCUCGCGGUGAAGAACAUGGACAGCCUGCCCCUCACCAGCCUCUCCACUUCAGCACUGGUGCAGGCCAUUCGCCUCGAAGUGGCAAAGCUGGCGAAAAAGCAGAGCGAUAUGUUCGAGUUCCAGGUGUAAUACCGCCCCCUAUUGACCGGGAGGGGGGUUGCAAUGGAAAGGCUCCCACAGUAGCAGACGAAAGGUGGAUCUCCACACAACAAACUGUUUUUUUUUUUAUAUUUGUAUUAUAAACUUACCAACGUUCUUCUUUCCCAAACUCCAGCUUUAUUUUAAAGGCAUAGUAGAAUGAUGAUUUUCUGAAUUCAUUUGUCAAUGAUCUUCUGACAAUGAUGUCGACCAGCUUUGUUCGGAUGCGUCAAUAUAUUUCCAAUUGAUAAAAAAUUAUAUUAUAUAAUAUAUAUAGCAAUGAUAAUAUAUAUAUAAUAAUAUAUAAAAUAACAAAGAUGUUUUUAUCAAUGAUUAUUCCUGUCCUUAAAUGCACAUGUAUGAGAUAGCAAUGGUUUUAUUAUCUGUACUACUGAGAGGACCAAAUUGUUCUGAACACAAUGUGACACAAAAUCCAAGGGGAGUGCUAUAUUACUUUUAUAAGCCCCUGUUUUUGAGUGGCACAACUAUUUCUUAACUCAUCCAUGACAUAAGACCAACUGCUAAACAUGGAUGACAUGACUCAAUGAGCAAUCUAGGAAACUUCUAACCCUCUAUUCUUUAACAGGCAGUUGACAAAUGAGUGGAAUUAUCCCCCCAAAUAAUAACUUAGACUCUGAGUCAAAUCAGCACAGCAUUUCUUCUUUCUUUUCAAACAAAAUAUAGACCUAUAUUACCAUCACAGAUACGCCUUGUAGACACUGUAGAGUUGUGAACUUGACCCUGCAGUGUGAGAAUGGCUGUAGGCCUACUGGUCACAUCCAGUCCUGUUCGGACCAGAUUUCCAGAUACAGUGUAUGUGUGCGGCCUCUGAACCCGCUGUGGGAAACACGACAUAUUCGACGAAUGUCUACUUGAAAUUCCUACUGAUUGUACUUCGACUUUAUUUUCUAAGAGCUGUUUAAGACGCACUUUAUUCUCUCUGUAGUCUCCAUACUGACCACAUGCUUUGUUGGUGCCGCCUUUUUUGCCUAAGUUCUGUUUUUUUUCAUGGUUCGAUUUUCUUAUUAUAUAUACAAUAUAUAUCUGCCUUUAGGUGUUACUCACUAGUUAAUAUUAUUAUAUUUUUCGUGCUGUGAAAGGUUAUACAUUAAACUUGUUUAAUAAUGCAGCUGCUUGCUUAACGGCUGACUGGAUGGCUGACAGAAAGUGUUGAUCGUCUGACACCUUCAUGCAUUUACGUCCGUACGAGGCAAGAGGUCUCUCCAAUCCCAUUCAGAAAUGUGUGCCGAUUAUUACUGUAAAGACAAUAGCGAUUAACAUUUUGAAUCAUAAUAACGGAACAAUCUCUUCGUAUUUAACUGUUCAACCCUCUCUACUUCUUGGCCUAAAGAACUGUUCUGUUAACCCUUGCUUGUUCAUUUGUACUAUACCUGUAAAAAGUUCCAUCACCCCCCAAAAACGAGAGCUGUGUUGCCCAGGUGAUUUUUCAGCUGUAGGCCUACCAACACGUACAGCAAUCUCACCAUGAACUGUGUAAAAUAAAAACAUUUUUACUCAUGUAACGGAACACUUCUUCUGACAUGUCCAUAUUUUAUCCGUGGACACAGUGGAGGAUAACAAUGCAUCAAGAAUAAAGAUUUGACUGAAUUAAAAAAAACAA